GCGUCGUCAACCCCUCGUGUGUCUGGACCUGCGUCUCCUAUUUCUCAGAACGGUGAUAAUAAGACGUGUAUUAGCAAUAACAACAGCGGUUCUGGUGUUACAAUUCGCAACGUUUCCAACGGUGAUUCACAGACAGUAGGUGGCGUUGAGGGCGCAGACCAAACUCAGAGUGAUUUCAAUCGAAGCAACCACUCCCACCACGAGCACUGGAAUCGGUCCUCACUUAUCAUGCUUGCUGUAGCCCAGGCUUCGCCUCGCACCCACAAUACUCCCUCGGCCUCCAACGGUACUGCUACCACACCCUCUCAACCUCAUCCCGUGGCAAACGGUGGAAGUCGUUUCUCAUUCAAUGAAUCGACGGGAAACGCAGCUGUUCCCUCAUCUCCUAAGGCCUUCCCUGGACGCCGUCUUACAUCCAACGACGAGGGUGCAACGAGCAUGGAAUCUCAACUACCAAAAGUGGAUGAAAUUCCCUUAGUUAACUCAGACACAAGUCAUGAAGAAGAGAAUGGGGAUAAAGCAGCAGCCCAUGCAGUAGCAACUAAUGGAGGCCUGGAAGAGAUCACAAACUCACUUCACGACUCUGCCAUUUCCACCACCAAUGGUCAUGCGGGAGAAGACAUUCAAGCAUUAUCAAAUGCAUCUGCUGCUACUGCUGCUGCUGCUGCUGAAGUGGUAGCGCAGAAAGCUGUUACUGAUGAGGUGGAGGUGAUUCGAGAUGGGCAUUUCUUCCGUCGGCUGACCGAUAAAAUUGAACAGGAAUUGAGGUUACGAGUAGAGGAGAUAGAGAAAGACUUGAAUGAAAAUGAACUCUCUGAUGAAGGUGAAUUGUUAAUCCGCUGUUUCAUUUAUCCAGUGUCUGGCCACUUACGCACAACAGUGGGUAAAGUGAACCUUCUUCUCUCCCAAAAGUUUGUUCAAUUCCGUGGACUUUGCGCGGAUUGUAUUGCAGCUUCCGAGAAGACGGCCUCUGGUGAAGAGGUCGAGUUUGUCACCCUUCCUAGUGAUCUCGAGGGCUUCUGGGCUAUGGUUAUGCUUCAGGUGGACGAUUUGCAAUCGAUGAUUGCCUCUUGUAAUCGUUUACGACAGAACGGCUGGAAACUUGACUAUGAUGCUGCCACCAAUGGAAAUGGAAUCAAUCAUUCUACACCCGUGUCUGCUAAACGUCGCCAUCCAAAACCCGUCAAUUCUACGCCAUCAAAGGAAGAUAAGGCUGCAGCGUUAGCUCGUAUCGAAGCCCGGGAACGUAUUCGGGCCGUUAGACUCCAAUACAUGCGUGCACGUAAAGAAGAGCUUGCUGCAAAUGGGUCUAAAGGUAGCAAUGGACGCACUGGCGAGAGUGGCGAUGACUCGUCAUUCAUGAUUCUGUAA